AUGUGUGAUGCCUCAAACUAUGCGGUGGAAGCGGCGCUAGGUCAACGUGAGGGCAAAAUUCCUUAUGUCAUUGCCUAUGCCUCUAAGACUUUAGAUGGAGCGCAAUCUAAUUAUACUACCACCGAGAAAGAAUUGUUAGCUAUUGUCUUUGCCUUCGAUAAAUUCCGGACUUAUUUACUUGGCUCUAAGGAUUUGAGUGCUAAGCUUGUAGACGCGCUUUGGACCUACCGGACAGCUUACAAGAUGUCGAUUGGCAUGAGCCCAUUCCGGUUGGUCUAUGGGAAGGCUUGCCAUCUCCCAGUGGAGAUAGAACAUAAAGCGUAUUGGACCGUAAAAGAGUUAUACACCGGAUUUGGGGUUGGAGUCGAAAGGAAGUUACUGUCGGUGGAGCUUGAGAACCUUCGAUUGGAAGCCUAUGAGAAUUUUAGGCUCUACAAGGAGAAGAUGAAAGCGGUACACGAUAAACAAAUAAGAAGAAGAGAGUUUAUAGAGGGAGAGUUGGUUUUCCUCUAUAACUCUAGGUUGAGGUUGAUGCCCAGAAAGUUGAGGUCAAGGUGGGAAGGUCCUUAUAAAGUGGAGAAGGCGGAACCAUAUGGAGUCUACCACCUACAACACCCUUCAAGCCCCAACAUCUUCAAAGUUAAUGGUCACCGUCUAAAGCUAUACCAUGGAGAAAAGAUGAAAGGCAACAAGGAGGUCGAGGUGUUCCUUCUCGAGGAUGCACCCGAAGGCUAG